AAUAAAUCCGGCCUCACUCCUCUUCGGAAUUUCGUCGUUCUAUGAGUAGGAAAGUUAGAAUUUUUGCUUUUAUUCAUGAAAUUUGUGUUUCAAGAGUGAUUUAAUUAAAAAAUUAAGCGAAAAUUGAAACAUUCGAACGGAGAGUGUAAAAGUUUCGUCGAAGAUUCUGCUAAAUUCAGAUUACUAACAAAUUCUGUAAACGCCCAUUAACGUCAGACUCCAGAAUUUAAGAAGGGGUUUUGGGUUUUUCAAAAAUGUCAGCAACCGAAAAUUGUAAGGCUGCUGGAGAUUUUGGUAAGGUGGAAAAUAUUGUGCCUACAGAUGCGAUUGCACCAGGAAAAUCUAUUGAAAAUGGGGUCGCCCCAAAGGCAGCGGAAAAUGGAAAUGGGCAGAGUUUCGAAAAACUAGUUCAAGAGGAAAGUUGUCUAUUGCCAGGAAAGGAGACUAACGAUGAGCAACUUGCAAAAGGUGAUAGUGAACUAACAAAGGCACCAGAAACAAAAAAUGAUUCGGGGCCUGUGGAAAAAUUAGAGCUAGAAAUUCAGAAAAGGACACACGAACGAGAUAAUUAUCACAGAAAAAUGGUUGAGACUGAAAAUAAAUUAGCUGCUCUUCAAGCAUCAUACAAUGCAGUCACAACUGGAAAAGGAGACGAAAUGGCAAUUCGUAGAGAAUUGGAAGAUUUAAAAAAUUUGUUGACUCAGUCACAACUGAAAUUGGACGAUCGCGGCCGUAUUGUAGCCAAUCAAGAAAAUCAGAUCAAUGCUCUCACGAGUCAAGUUUCCUCCUUGAAGGAAGUCGUGGCUAUCACAAAGGAUCUUCUGAAUAUUCGAAAUAUGGAAGUCAAACAUUUGCAGGAUAACGUUGAUUCGAUGGAAGUUCGAAUCAUAGCAGAACGCGAGAAACAUAAUAUGAUGCUGAAUAAAAUGGACUCAGCUGCAAGAUUAAAUGCGGAUUUGAAGAAAGAAUAUGAAACCCAAUUGCGAUUAUUUCAGGACCUUCGUGGAAAGUAUGAAGAGAAAGUCACCUUACUUUCAGAAGAAAAUCGAGCCUUAGGAGCAAAAACUUCAACAGAAUAAAAAAAUAAUAAUUCCGUGUUUAAUGGUUUUCAGUUUCUCAAAUUCAUUUUUGUACGCUUUUUACAUGUAAAUAUUCUCAAAGCCGAAUAUUUGAGGACAAUAAAAGCGUCAUUUUUUACGAAUUUUAUUGUGUUUCGACGAAAACAAGUCAUAGAUUUUAAUACUUAUUUAAAUAUAUUUAAGAAAGCCUCUAGAAUCGCACGAAAUCCAUUGGAAUUCCUAAAAAUAAUAAUAAAUA